AUGACAUCAGUGAUGCCUGUCAACGUACCAUCGAGUUCAACAACAGACGGAGCUGCUCAUAAAGAAAUAGAAAAUGCUUUGCUAUUUUGUGGUUGUUAUACCCAUUGUUUUGGUGAAUUUCAAAUGUACCAAAAUAACAUAAUUGAAAUGACCACACAGUUUGAUGAUGGGUGCUUCUAUGAUUACCACCGUGCAUUUGCAACAAAAUGUGCAGCAUUAUUAAAAGCAGGAAUUGUCGUUGAUUGGAGCACGAGGGUUCUUGAAUUGUACAGUACAAUCGUUGCAGGUCGAAAAGCAAAAACAUGUUCUGUUUGUGGCUCUGUCGAACAUGCCUCUACUUCUUGUCCAAAUUUCGACAUUUCAACAUCUGUUACAGUUGCACGUGAACGAUCUACUGUUCAACCAAGUUCUACGCGUCCACUUCGUCCUCACGCGUUUAUUGAUGGCGCAGAUAAAGAGAUACGUGAAUUAUGGAAUGUCAAUCGUUGUCAUCGUUCACGUUGCAGUUAUCAUCAUGUUUGCAAUAAAUGUUUUGCAAAGCAUCGUCAAGGUGGACGAAAUGGCGAAAACUGUAGCCGAGUUGUUCGAAAUAAAUGA